AUGGCCACUUCUCGUGUCUUCGCCUCCCGCAUGGCCUCCGUCAUGGCCCAGACCUCCAAGGUCGCCCGCCCUGCGGCUCGCUUCCAGCUCAACGCUGCCACCAAGCGCACCUUCACCCAGAAGGCUCCCGCCACCCUCGGUGCCCCCAAGCGCAUCCAGUCGCCCACCCUCCUCCAGGCCAAGGCCUUCCAGACUGCCGGCCGCCGCCAGUACUCCUCCGAGGUCGCCACCGCCAUGGUUGAGGUCUCCAAGAACAUCGGUAUGGGUUCCGCUGCCAUCGGUCUCGGUGGUGCCGGUAUCGGUAUCGGUCUCGUCUUCGCCGCUCUCCUCAUGAGUGUCUCCCGCAACCCCGCCCUCCGUGGCCAGCUCUUCUCCUACGCCAUUCUGGGCUUUGCCUUCGUCGAGGCCAUGGGUCUCUUCGAUCUCAUGGUUGCCAUGAUGUGCAAGUACGUCUAAAUUAUCUACAACUCGGGCUUUCGGAUUCUUGGAAAAAUGUCAUCAAAACAAGGAUUUUGGAUUUUUUGAGAGUCUCUCCCGCAGAGGGUAUUUGGUCGUGAUGUAUUACCAUGUACUACUUUCAGCGUCAUCUACAACACUUUUCUUUCUGUACAUAUAGAGUCCUAUAUGGCCCAUCGACCAUCCAACCUAUAAAGAGCCAAACAAAACUCUGUGUGUUGAGUCUGACG